AUGAGAGAAAUCUUACACAUUCAAGGUGGCCAGUGCGGGAACCAAAUUGGUUCCAAAUUCUGGGAGGUGAUCUGUGGCGAGCAUGGGAUUGGACCCACGGGUCAGUUCCAGGGUGAUGAAUCCUCCGAUUUAGAAUUGGAGCGGAUUAAUGUCUACUUCAAUGAGGCUUCGGGCGGACGGUAUGUUCCGAGGGCCGUUCUCAUGGAUCUCGAGCCCGGAACCAUGGACUCAAUUAGAUCCGGUCCGUAUGGACAAAUCUUUCGACCGGAUAAUUUUGUGUUUGGGCAAUCCGGUGCGGGUAAUAAUUGGGCGAAAGGGCAUUAUACCGAGGGAGCUGAAUUGAUUGAUGCCGUCCUGGAUGUUGUGCGAAAAGAGGCCGAAAACUGUGACUGCUUGCAAGGAUUCCAAGUAUGUCACUCACUUGGAGGAGGCACUGGUUCUGGAAUGGGGACCCUCUUGAUUUCGAAGAUAAGGGAGGAAUAUCCAGACAGAAUGAUGCUCACUUUCUCUGUCUUCCCUUCACCAAAGGUUUCAGACACUGUUGUAGAACCAUAUAAUGCUACACUCUCAGUGCAUCAGUUGGUUGAGAAUGCUGAUGAAUGUAUGGUUCUUGACAAUGAAGCAUUGUAUGACAUAUGUUUCAGGACAUUGAAGCUGAGCAAUCCAAGCUUUGGUGACUUGAAUCAUUUGAUCUCUGCAACUAUGAGUGGCGUGACCUGCUGCUUGAGAUUUCCUGGCCAGCUGAACUCCGACCUCCGGAAGUUGGCUGUGAACUUGAUACCUUUCCCACGUCUCCAUUUCUUCAUGGUCGGGUUUGCACCACUCACCUCUCGUGGAUCACAGCAUUACGUCUCUCUCACUGUCCCGGAGCUAACUCAGCAAAUGUGGGACGCCAAGAACAUGAUGUGUGCGGCUGACCCUCGCCAUGGACGCUACCUGACAGCCUCUGCCAUGUUCCGAGGGAAAAUGAGCACCAAAGAGGUCGACGAACAAAUGCUCAACGUCCAGAACAAGAACUCAUCAUACUUUGUUGAGUGGAUCCCUAACAACGUGAAGUCCAGUGUGUGUGACGUUCCUCCAAUCGGCCUGAAGAUGGCUUCCACGUUUGUAGGGAAUUCCACGUCGAUUCAAGAAAUGUUUAGGCGAGUGAGUGAGCAGUUCACAGCCAUGUUCCGACGCAAGGCCUUCUUGCACUGGUACACCGGGGAAGGGAUGGAUGAAAUGGAGUUCACUGAGGCUGAAAGCAAUAUGAAUGAUUUGGUUGCAGAGUAUCAACAAUACCAGGAUGCUACUGCAGAGGAGGAGGAAGACUAUGAUGAGGGUGCGGAAGAGCAAUACGAGGGCUAA